AUGGACGGAGCGCGGGAGGACCGGCAGCAAACGUUGCACCAGCAACAGCAACAGGAACAAUGCUCCAGCAUAACGAUGACCGUAUCGCCGGAAACCCCCCGCGAAGCAGCAGGCGACAUCCGCAUCAGCCAGGACCCCGAGCUGACCUGUUCGCUGUACGUAUCGCGUGCGGCAGGUCAGGGUCAAGGCCAAGGCCAGGGCCAGGUUCAAGGCCAGUCCAACGAGCUAUCUCGCUCCACCCUGGAGGAGGCCAUAAGGGCUGCAGACCCCUCGGCAGCAUGGCACGUUUCCGAGACAUCCUGCGGUCUGAUCGCAGCUUUUGCGAGGGAAUCUGACGCCGAGAAGCUCCUCCAACGCGGCGACCUGGCCCGAGUCUUCGAAGGUCCCGUCCAGGUUGCGCGUUUCUCGGCCAGGGAUUCCAGAUACAGACAAGCCGUCCUGCUUCGCGACGUCCCCUGGGUGAUUCCGCUCCAAGACUUGAGCUCCGCCCUGGCGAAGCAGGGCAUCGCCACCGAGAGCGUGGAGCGUUCACGGCAAUACGUUCGUGUAGAGGUGCUGGACGCAGGUCAUUACGAGCUGCUUCUGCGUCAGGGUUUGGACUUUUUCGGCGCAGCGCGUUUCAGCGCAAUUCCGGAGCGCUGGUGGAGAGGCAGCAGCACAGGAGGCCCCAUACAAGCGUCAGGGGGAGGUGCUGCAGGUGGUUGCAACUUUCCUGAGCCUGCCAACUCGCAGCAGGGGGAUGGUGUGCUGCAGUGUUACCGGUGUCAAGGGUUCUGGCACGUGGCCGCCAAUUGUCGCCAUCUUCCGCGCUGCGUUCGGUGUGGAGAACCCCAUAGUGUGGAGUUUUGCCCUAGACCUAGAAACAGCCCCGUGUGCUGCCAUUGCGCUGGUCCCCAUCACGCCGGGUAUCGGCAGUGCCCGGUUAGACUUCAACUACUGAAUGCCACCCCGGUGAGCAUAACAUUGAGCACAAGUCGUGUCGGAAGCCAAUACGCCCUGAGUCCUGCCAGCAAAUCCAGCGCCUCUCAGGGCCAGCAGCCCUUGAAGCCUAACAACUCCUAAAUGUCCUCCCCUAAGAAACCCUGACGAUCGUACCCCGACCAAAUGCGAGACCCAACGUCAAGGAACAAACUAGAAAAGGCAAAUUGCGCGACGCCCUUCCUGACCAAAGUCUUCGGGUGAAGACGUGCGUUUCGCUGGUGAAGAAUCCCCUCCAAGAGUUGCACCCCGGGAGGAAUCGAAGAACCGUCUCUGACGAGACAAG